AAACAUGUUGCGCGAUUGACUAAAAAUACGUGAGUGUUAUCCGUAGAAUUAUUUUUAUGUAGUCAGGAAAACUUUUGGAUUAGCACCAAAUAUGUGGUAUUUGGCCCCUUGGCUACGAGUCCGACGUAUCGUCCUAGUACUCAGCUAGGCGGAAUAGAGUGAUGCAUUUAUUAACCAACACUUUUAUUAAUAACCACGUAAAAAAAGUGCUAAGCGAAUGGUUUUGCUGUCUGUAAGCAUGUCAUUUUAAGAGGGAAUUAUACCACUUUACUUGUAUCGUUCAUACAAAAAGAGAAAACUUUUUUCCACUUCAAAAUAUUUUCUAUUCUCCAUGAUUUUUAGUAUGUUAUUGACACAAUGAAAAACUAAGUUUCUAGGUUUUCCUAUUUUUCAAGUUGAAAUUUGCAAUUUUGUUUAAUAAGCGAAACCUAUAAACCGAGGAUAUAUUAUGCUGAAGCGAUAGACAUCAAAAUCAAAAUGAUUUGUUAAGAUUUAUUUAUUUAUUUAUUUAAUCUUUAUUGCACAUAAGUAAACACACUGUACAAUAGGCGAACUUAAUGCCGUAAGGCAUUCUCUACCAGUCAGUUACUGAAAACCGUUUUCUCCUUAAAUGGAAUUUCAUAGAAAAAAUACCGUUAUUUCGUUAGGAUCGCAAAGCUACGGUCCAAUUCAAAUAAUGAGAUACGAUAUCGGUUCUGGUUUAGACAAGUUCUCAUUUAGAUACAGUUUGUAUGUCGUAUGAUAUGAUAGAAGCAGCUCAAUUCGGGCAUCCAAUUUCACUUUGACGUUAGAAAUAUCGUAGAUCUUAUUGGGAUCACAGCGGAAUCGAAAUAAACGUCAAUUUCGACAUGUUGUUUGAUUAUUGAUCUUUUAAAGAUCUUUCCAAGAUCUUAAAUGUGUCUUAAUCAUUCUUCGAAUCGGGCUAUAUAUUUUCAAAUGCAGACUCCAGCCAAAACUGAAGGGUUAAAAUUGGCUCCGUAGGAAAAAAAUCAGAAAACAAUAUAUAUUGUCUAAAUCCCUGCAGUCCCUGCAUACCAUAGCAGUAAAUUUAAGUAUAAAAUAGUUAUUUAGUGACGUAGUCGACGGAUUUGACUAGCAAAAUUUUAAGCAGAGGUAUAUUUUGAGACUUAUUGAAAUAAAAGUGUUUUUGCUUUUGUUUCAAUAAAUAAGUCUCAAAAUAUACGUCUACGCAUCAAUCACAUUUUCCGUCACAAGACUCGUAUGUUUCGCGCAGCGCGCCAUAUAUUUGGUUUCCUUCUAAUUUCCAAGCUUUGUCCCUUCUCAAUGACAGCGGAGUAUUCGUGAAUCGCCCGAACAUUUAUGUAAAAUACUUUUUUAUGAUUUAUUGUCUUUUUCAGGGUUUCUCCUCAUCCAUCGCAACCACAACCCAGAGACUAAUGGCUGAGAAGCAGAAAAGCGAUCUGCUUCUCUCAAAGAUGCUCCCCAUGCCUGUGCUUCAACGGCUGCGAGCACAGAAGACCGUCCCGGCAGAGGCGUUUGAUGCCGUCACCAUAUUCUUCAGUGAUAUUGUGGGGUUUACAUCUAUAUCUGCUAAUAGUACGCCUAUGGAGAUUAUCAAUAUGCUCAACAUGCUGUACAGGUUAUUUGAUGAGAAAAUAACGCAGUACAAUGUUUACAAAGUAGAAACUAUAGGCGAUGCUUACAUGGCUGUUUCUGGCUUGCCUCAACGAAACGGGAACAAACACGCAUCAGAAAUAGCGGACAUGUCCCUCUCACUGAUGCGGAGCCUGGACGGGGCUACAGUCCCCCAUUGCCCCGGCGAGGCGCUGAAGAUACGCGCCGGUGUCAACACGGGGCCCUGCGUGGCGGGGGUGGUCGGGACUUGCAUGCCACGCUACUGCCUUUUUGGUGAUACUAUUAACACGGCGAGUCGUAUGGAAAGUACGGGGGAAGCCAUGAAAAUCCACAUAUCAGAUACAACGAAGACGGCUUUAGACCUCAUCGGUGGGUACGAGGUGGAGUCAAGAGGCAUUAGAGAUAUUCCUGGCAAAGGCCAGAUGGAAACGUUCUGGCUUGUCGGCAAGCGCGCAGGACUCCAACUCGAAAGUCCAUGUGGGCCCCGACUCAAGGACUAUGACCAGGAUUUCAUAGAAAUGCUCAUAUCGUAGAAAUUUACGAAAAUUGUGUUCGUGCAAUAAGUGAAUAUUUCUUGUUACGUUAUCGCCUAUACCGUAUAGGUGAUUACCGCUGAAUGCCAUAAGCGUCAUAUUAAAAAAUUGCGACUUAUAAAAACGGUAUUGUUAACUAAAAGAACCUGGGACGCUGGCGGAGGCCAAUCGGACGUCCCAGGUAUUUGGGGCGAUGUUGAAGCGGACUUGCGCGAUCUCCAAGCCGAUAACUGGUGGUGAUGGCGUACUGUGUACUCGUGUCGGAGACCAAGACUCAUUUUGGGUCGCUGCGCCAUUGAGAAGUAAGUAACUAAAAGAAAUAUGUGGUAACCAUGGUAGGGUCAGGGAGGGAACGUGGCUCGGUAAAAAUAGCCGGGUAGAGAGUGGCUCAAGCUAUAUACGCGUACAUUGCUUUAGCCACUGUACCCGGGUAUUUUCUACUGAGUCACUGUUUCCUCCUUGACCAAGUCGAGUUUAUCUUACAAGUCAACUUUUCAAAAUUAUAUUUGCAUUCAUCUAAGACACUGACAAUAAGGGCGUGUAAAUAUAUUUUUAGCAUGUUGGCUUGUUAGUGAAUUCGACCGUACAUAGUAUAUACUGUAUAUAGUUUGCAUGGGUGCAGAGUUAUGUACUGAGAUGUAAUUUUGAAUAGUAUGAAGACGAGAUUUUAUCACAGUGCUAGGGAGCAAAUACGACCCAGUGUACAUUAUAAUUUAUAAUACUUAUUAAGAGGGAAGUAUAACCACAUGAUCGUCCAUACAAGCGGAAAAAACGUUUUUCCGCUUACCCUCUUUUGUUUCAAAGUUUGCAAAACAAUAAAUAUUUUUUUAAAAGGGAAACCUAUGAACCUAGAAUAUAUUAUGCUGAAGCGAUCGACAUCAAAAUCAAAGUGAUUUGUUAAGAUUUAGUUAGUGGAAAACGUUUUCUCCCGAAAUGGAAUUUCAUAGAAAAAUUACGGUUAUUGGUUAGAAUCGCAAAGCCAUUCUUCCAUUUUAAGCGUUUUUAAAGAAUUAAAAUACCUAAAGUAUCGCACUAUGUAUGUAUUGUAUGUAUCGAAAUAUAUAAUUAGUGAUAAUUUUGUAAGCUACUGUGUAUACGAAAGUAUGGAGUGUAAAUUUUGAAAAA